AUGUGGCUCCUUCGCUGCUCCGAGACCUUUGAACUCCUGGCUGUACUAUCAAUCUACGUCGAUGAUCUUUUGCUUUCUGGUACAACGGAAGCUUCGGAAGCAAUCUGGACAGCCAUCAAGGCGAAGUGGAGGAUCAGCGAGCCUGAGUAUGCAGACUUAGGCAAGUCGGUUACCUUUUGCGGCUUUGAGAUUCAGCAGAAGAGCGACGGCCUGCAUGUUGGACAGAGCAAGUAUGUUCAAUCUUUGUUGGAUAAGUAUCCUGAGAUUCAAGGUACAACAAUGUGUCCGUAUGCAAAGGAGAACGAGAUCAUCGAGACCAAGCCGAAUGCAUCUUUGGAGAAACUUCGUAGAGCUCAGGCUUUGGUUGGGGAGAUGCUUUGGUUAGCGACGAGGACCAGGGUUGAUCUAGCUUUUGGGGUGAGCAGGAUUGGACAACUUAUCACGAAGGACGUUGAUCAAGCGAUUCAGCGAGGUGAAGAUAUGAUUCGAUAUUUGAGAACCACCAAGACACAAGAGAUUGUGUAUGGAAGCUCUGGAAAGGGGCAUGGACCAGGAGAGCAGUUGCCAGAGCAGCGAGAUUUUAAUCUCGUUGAGGUUUUUGCUGAUGCUAGUUUUUGCCCAGGGACAGACCGGAGCCAAAGUGGAAUCAUCAUGUUGUGGCGAAAUGCUCCUGUUGGUUGGAUGUCGAUGAGGCAACCGUGCGCCAGCCUCAGCACGGCUGAGGCAGAACUACAGGCAUCAUUGGAUGGGAUGACGCUGGCAGAAGGGCUUUAUGGGCUACUUGAAGAACUCGCCGAAGCUCCCCAAAAGGCCUUUCUCUACAACGACAACGUUGGAGCAUGUACAGUUCUGACACUUCCGCAAGGUGGACCAGGCGGGAACGUCGUCGACAUCCUCAAGCUUGUGUGCGGCUUGUUGUUGAUCCGUGCGGUGAGGGAACAUCCGGACGACGAAAGUGACUGGUCAGUUGUUCAGUCUGCACCUGAGGGUGUAGAUGCGAAGGACGAGGAUGAAGACGAUGACAGGGUUGGUUUAAGGGAAGGGUUGAGGAAUAGGGCUAGUCGUACUGGGUGUGGGUCCAGGUCUUUGGCCGUCCCGGCUCCCCUAGUCCCUAGUGGUUCCUCAGCUGCCCACGACGGACGCGAUGAAGACAGACGACUUGACGGUUCUAGCACUAGUGAGAUAGGGUGCGGUUCCAGGUCUUUCGCCGUCCCGGCUCCCCUAGUCCCUAGUGGUUCCCCAGGCGACGACACCUCUCGGAGGAAACAGGUCAGGGGAGCAGGUUCUUCUGGGGCGGAGGACUGGCGAGAGCUUGCUGAGCAAUCUUCUGGCAGUGAGGCUGCGGCUGAUGCUGAUGGAGAUGUUCAGGAAGACGCGGAUGCUGAGCUUCAGACGGCUAUGUUUGCCAGACAGGCAAGCAUUUACAGACCUGUCAUCUACCCUGGGUGGCAUUUCUCUGCGCCGCCGAGUGCCGCGUGGGAUCCUGAGCCUGCUUGGGGUGGACCUGAAGGAAAUUUUCACCAGCGAAUACCACCGAGAAUCCGACAGGACUUCUGGUUCCAUGAUCUUCGACGACGAGUUGUGGUUCGGUUUCAUGCGAAGCCGAGGCGGAAGAUGUUUCUGCCUGGACCUGCAGGGUGGCCCGAUGGUGUAGCGCAGCACCAACUUACUGGACGACGACGAACGCUUGCCAAGCUGCAGUCUCCUGAGGGUCACGAGAUCCUUGAAGAUGAUUGGACUACGGCAGAGAAGCCUACCAAGAUGAUGGCUCGACAGUGGACCGGAAGGACUGAGUUUGAACUGCGCUAG